UACAGGUUCUUCUUCCAUUGGAUGGCCCUGGGUUUGAGGAACACCGGGCCCAUAUGCUUAUUGGUGUAAUUAUUCGGGCAAAGAGCAAGCGGGUGUUUGACCACAUUACUGGUACAUGGAGUGUGGUGGGUAUGGGCAGUGGCCUUCCAGUUCAACCUGUACCUAAACCACAUGAUUUACCAGAGCGGAGCUACACGCCACCACUCCCAACCGAUGAAGACAUCCAAGAGAUUGCUUUAGCUGCUAAGGAUUCAGAAGAUGAUGACGAUGGUACUGGUGAAAGAUCAAGUUCUGCACGAAAAAAUCGAGGUGUAGAGAGUUCAGUAGAAUUUCUUGAUUCAGGCUCACUAAAAAGACCAGCAACCGAUUCAAGCGAAGUCAUCCGACCAAAGAAGCGCCACAUCAGUUCAACAAGUGAUUCAUCAGUAGCUACAUCUCCAUUUCUCACUGAAGAACCAAAUAGUCCCCCUGAAGAAAUUUUCGUUGAAGCAUCACUGGAUCAAGAAUCGAUGUUGGCAGAACUUAAUCGGCAGAUAGAAGAACAUAAGAAGGAAUUAAGUGAAAUGCAAAAGACUAUAGGUAAUGAAGAAGAAGAGCCGUACAGCCCCUCUCAUGGUCACAGUCCUCCUCCUCCCGGAGGCGAACAGUUCAAACUUGAUACAUCUAAAAUCAGUAUUCCAUCCAAUUUGCAAGAGAUACUGGAUAACAUCAGACAGAAGGAGGUUGAAAUUAAGCAAAAGGAGCAAGAAAUUAAAAGACGAUUAAGCUUAACAUCAGACCCCAUUGUUAUGAUUUAUGGCAAAUAUCAAGAAUUUGAAAAAAAGAAGAAAAUUGGGGAUAGUAUUACCACUGCAAGCAAAGCUGAUAUUGACUUGAGGCCAUUACUCCAGAAUAAGUUGAACAAAGAUAAAAAAACUGAUGUAGACCUUCGGGUUUUAAAAAAGACAGACGAGAAUAAAGAAAAACUUGGAAGUAAAGUGGACUCUUGUGUGAAAACUGAUGAAGACACUGAUCUUAGAAUAAGGGAUCCACGAUUGGCUCGGGCUCAGACUACAGCUGUUGUUGAAAAGGGUAAAACCUUAAGUAAAAUGAGUGAUGAAGAAUUACUUGCUAAAGUUUCUGAGAUGGAAGAUGGUGAUAAAAUCAGUGGACAAUGUCAUUCAGAGACUGGAGCUGAAUCUCUGUAUCAACCAGCUCAACCUCCAUUUAUGCAGUCUGGUCUAGCAGGUGGUUAUCUGCUCCAAGGGGGUGCUACAAUGGUACCCGAUGGAUUGGCUUGUUCAGUGGGACCAUCUCAACCACCUGGUAUGUCAGGCCAUAUGACAUACAUUGGUGCUAUGGGACCCCCACAACCUGUAGACAUGUAUGGCCCCCCCCUGGGAGGAAGACUUCAGGGCUCAGCCAGGCAUGCAGGUUCACAUGGUCCACCAGAUCACACAAAUUCUUCAGGCCAUUCAGGAACACAAGGACAUUCUGGCUAUUCAGGUCCUCCAGGUCCCCAUGGUCCUCAAAGCCAUUCAGGUCCACAUGGCUCCCAUGGUCCUCAAAGCCAUUCAGGCCCACAUGGCCCCCAUGGUCCUCAAAGUCACUCGGGUCCACAUGGUCCUCCAAGUUAUGCAAGCCCACAUGGACUUAUGAGACCAAGGUAUUCAGAUAGUGGAUGGGAGGGAGGAAAGAGUUACAAUAGCCGAGAUUGGGGCCAUCAUUACAGCAAAUCAAGAGAUAGAGAUCGAGACAGAGAUAGAGAACGAGACUGGGAGAGAGAGUGGCACCCAAGAACCGGUAGAGAUAAGGGACAUUCAAAAUUUCACCAUAUGGGGAGAAAAAGAUAUGAAGGUAGAAUCAGUGGUCGUGAAAGAAGCAGGGAUAACUUUUACCAUGAUAAGCAUGACAGAGAUAGAGAUCAUCCUUACGAAGACCAUGAGUCUGGUAAGGACAGUCCAUAUCCAGAAAUUGAUUAUUAAGUAUUGUGUAUGAAAAUAAAUGUAUGCAACAUGUAUUUUAAAUAAUUAUAAUAAUAUAAUAUUUGCAAGGGAUUCAUACAUAGUACUUCACUGUUAAAGCAUUUUUUUGUUUUUAAUUUUUAACAAAUUGCCAAUGUUGAAAUACAAAAUGGACAGUAUAGUAACAUUGUGUAACUGUACAGUGUAUUGUGUUAACCAUUACUGUCAGAGGCCAGUGUAGUACUUGCUCAUAUUGGGCAACAUGAGAGAAGUGUGUAUAUAUAUAUAUAUAUAUAUAUAUAUAUAUAUAUAUAUAUAUAUAUAUAUAUAUAUAUAUAUAUAUAUAUAUAUAUAUAUAUAUAUAUAUAUAUAUAUAUAUAUAUAUAUAUAUAUAAUGCAUUUAAAAAAAAAAUACUUUACCCACUGAUGUGAGGAUGUUCAUAAAAACUGUAAAACUUAUGUAAAUUUUCACAAAUAAAAGUGUACAAUUUUUGGCAGUGUUUGCAGGUUACAGAGUGCAAAGACCAAAACACAUGUGAUGUAUGUAUAUUGUAACUGGGGGCACUCGUGUUCAAGAAAUGAAUGGGGAUUUUCUGAUCCACAUAUGUGGCAAUUGUGUCUGUUGACUUUACGAGACAGGUUGAUUGUUGAUUCAUCACUGGAAACGACAUUAUUAAAAAACAAUGCUGUACUGCCACCAUUCAAGCUGGUAGUAGUCCUGCCAAAUACAUGUGAAAAGAUUA